AGAGUCAUCUACAUCCAGUCUUGAAAGGAGGAUUCUUAAGUCUGCCACCGCAGCUAUGACAUCCAUACUUGAUGCAAGACUUGGCGAUCUACACUUGAAUCAAACCAACCCAGAACCAAAUCAGCGUCGAAGGCAACACCAGGAUCUUAAACCCAAGCCACCAGAUGACACAUCUAGAUCAACCUGGAGCAGCUUACAGAAAACCUCUCAUACUCCCAAAUCUAAAUUUGUGGUUCAUUCUAAAAUCUCUUUAGCUCAUAAACUCUAUAAAUUUGCAGGAAAAGGAGAUUACCUUGAAUGGGAGAAACACAUGGAGGAUUGGUUCUACUACAAUGAUAUCCCAAGAAAUGAAAGAUUAGCUUUUGCACUUACCCAACUCACAGGAGACGCUUACAAAUGGUGGUUGCAAGAAGUUGAUGACCGUUGGUAUUACAAGGAGCCAAAUAUCACAUUGUGGAGAGAUCUUAAGAAGCUUCUAAGGAACAAGUAUGCUCCACAAGCGCUACACCAUACUGCCCAAGCCAAUGUCACAAUCCAAGCAGUUCCUGAAAAGAAACCAGUCAAAAUACCAGCCCAAAAGAAAAAACCAACAUCUGUGGAGGCUAAGGCGCAAUCAGAUCUUCUUGAGGCAUUAACCAAGUACUUUAAACUUGAAAAGAAGAAGACUAAGUCAACAUCUCAACCAAAGAAGGUCCCUGAACAGAUUAACGUUCAAGAGCAAAGUCUAAAAUCAUCGCUUGAAUCAAGUAGGGAACCAAAGCAAUGUAAGUCUUCUACACUUUCAAAAUCCAAGGAAGUAACUGUUCAAGGUUUAGAAAAUUCCAAUUCUUGUAUGAUGCACUUGUCUUUGCCCAAAAGUGUUGAGAUAGGUACAUAUUCUAAUGGAGGACGAUGGAAGCAAGCAGAACAAGAAAAGGAGAAUAAGGAGUUUGAAAGAAAUGAUCAGUCCGGACCCAAGGAAGAACAGCUCAGAGACGGACCCAAGGAGAAACAGCUUGGAGAAGAAGCCAAGGAGAGACAGUUCAUUGCUGAGGAUGAUGUUGUUAUACCAACUGGACCUAUGACUCUAUCUCAAGCUAAAUGUGAUCUUUCUUUUAUCCAAUCUGAUUUUGUGCUUGAAAAACUAACCCUUUGUGAACCGGAGCAACCGAGUAGCAUUAUUUCCUUUUUACAGGUUGAGGAAGAAGAAUCACUAGAAACAACACAAAUCAGUUUUCCAUUGAUUAGUGAUUUGGAGCAGAACUACAUUGUGCCAAACCCAGCCCCUAUACCAUAUCUUUGUGACUAUCCAAGAAAGCACUGUAAGGAAAUUGAUUUGGUUAGGACAGAUCCUAAUUAUUUUGUGAUGCUUUCUGCUCAAGAUGAAAAACGUUUUGGUUUAGAAAAUGUGAAAGAAUUUUGUGUUUCAAAAUCUGUUUUUAACAAAAUGAUUCCAAGUUUUGAAACAUUUGCAUUUAAAAAGUUCUUUAAGCCAAAAGGGUUGUUACUUGAAAAGUUUCUUGAAUUUAACUCUUCUUUUAGAGUUUCUUUGAGUAGCAUUGUGAUUGAGCCGUUUGGAACUAAAACUGAGCAUGUAAUGGAUAAACCUUUUUCUAAAAUGAGAUAUUUAGUUGAAAAAGAGUUGUGUGAGUUUAAACUGUUCAAUGAGCUUUGGAAACCAAUUGUGAAAGAUCAAGUUUUUGAUUUCUCUAUUUCAAGUAUAAUGCACUUGUUCUUUCCCAUGAUUGCUACGAAAGGAACAGGUUACAUGAAGGAGCAAAAUUACUUUGGAGAAGAAAGAUGUUCUGUUCAAAUCAAGGAGAAACCACCAGAUAUAUGCCAACAAAUGAUUUAUCAUUUUGGAGUUAGAAGCUGGAAGUAUUUCAGAAAAAACAUUAUGAUCACCAAAGGAUGGAGAUCUUGAGGAGCAUG